AUUGUCGCUGUCAUUCGCUCGAAAAAGACACACGCGAUCACACGGGCCCGUUCGGAGCGCGCGCAUUCUCUCGCUCGGUCAUAAUUUUAGUUAUUUAAGGAAAUUUUGAAUUUAAUUUUUCACGGUGGCGAUUUUUUAACUUUCACGCAGUAGGUAGUUUUGUUUUUGAUUUGGUUCGUAUGCAGGUGCAUUGAGUGAUAGCAUUUUCCAUCAAAGCAACCGUUUGCCGAUCGGUUGUUAGGUUUUAUGUGUGGCGAAGCUCAUGAAAGCAAUGAAAAGUUUGACAAAAAGUGAAGAAGGUUAAAAAGGUGAUCAAAAAUGGCCGUUCUGUUCCGUCCUUGGUUCCUAGCGCUACUGACUGUCUGGGUGUUUUGUGUGAUCGCCUCCGGUGACGGUUUCCGGUUGCGUGACUUUGGAGUGGACGAUGAAGACCGGGUGGCGGUGGCUGUGUCGAAGCGGAAAAUUCAACACCGGGCUGCUGUCAUUGCGGAAGUCGCGGCGAAGAAACGAAUUGUUGUGGAUGAUGAUGAUGAUGAUGAUGAUGAUGAUGACGAUGACGACGGAGACAGUCGCGACGACAACGACGACGACGAUGUUGAUGAGGAACGAGCAGCUGAGACUAAAUACAAGUUCGAGAGAGUAAGGAGAAGCUACAGGACUUCGUCCCCGGAUGAGAGAAAAAGGGAGGAAAUGCGUAAAUUUGUAGUUGAGGAUAAAGAGGAUAAGGAUAAAUUUAGGAAGCUUAGAAUUGAAUCUGCUAAAACGAUGAAGGAUGAUGAUGAUGAUGAAGACGAUGACGAUGAUGAUGAUGAUGAGGAAGAGGAAGCAGAAAACUCAAUUUAUAAUUUGUAUGGUAUAAUUGGGUCUAAAAAAUCGAAACAUCCUGACGCAGCAGAUAAGUCGCAAGAUAAAUCAAAGAGUCAACAAUCGAACGGUGAAGUCGAUGACGACGACGACGACGACGACGGCGACGACAACGACAAUGAAAAGGAAAGUGGAGGAUUGUUUAGUUGGUUCACCGGAUCAUCCAGCAAAGGCUCGGGUAAGGACGAAGCGGAUGAAAAGGAUGACGACAACUCGGACGACGAAGACGACAAGCAAGAAAAAUCUGAAGGCUUUUUCGCCUGGUUAAAGGACUUGGCGGACUGGGAAGAUGAUUCCGAUAAUGAACACGCUAACAAAGACGACACAGAUGAAGACAAGGAAAAGGAAAACCCUUUGAUCAAUCUAGUAAAUAGUUUCCUCAGCACGGACACGGAAGAAACCAGCGAAGAAAUUAAAUUCCGCCGAAUUGAGUCUGAAGAAGACGACAAUAGCGCCGAAAAGACCUCAACCAAGAAGCCCAAACCGAAGAAACCCAAGGAGUCAAAAAUUGUCCAGCUGAUGAAUAGCAGUCCGUUGAACUCUUUGUUCAGUUCGGGAGACCUUCCGGCGGAAUCCACCAUCGAAACUGACCCGAAAAAGAUCAAGAAACUUCAGCAGACACCUUCGAAAGUGGUCAAACAGCGCAUCGAAAUUUCCCCGGAAGAUUUCGAGUCGCUACUGCUCCGAAUUCCAUCCUUCGUCCCAGAUUAUGCGCGUCUCAAGAACACCGAAUGCCGUCGCCAAGGACAGAUCUUCCAACGUCAGCUGCGUGGAAAGCGUCUGUGGGCUCUGCAAAUGAUUGACGCCAGUGCCAAGCUAACGUCCGGACUGUUGCGUGGUAACGCCAACCAACUGGGUGACUACGAUUUGUGUACUGGCAUCGCGACCAAGAUUAAGGUUAAAGCUGAUGAACAGGUUCGUAUGCGGGGAAAAUACUGUUUGGCACAUAUCGACGUAGUCGCCGAGGACGACGAUCUGAAGCUGCCGGUACAUUUGCUGCAAGGUCGAGGUUUCAUCAAGAGCACGCUGAAUGAUCCGGAUCAUUUCCUGCCCCGCUUCACCACGAUCAAUUGGGGAAUUUGUUUACCAGCGGCCUGUAGCUACGAGGACGCCGGAAGCAUUGUGAAGCACUUCGUUAAACCGUACAACACUACCGGCAUCAAACUGUUCCUGGAGAUCGAGGAAGGCAAUUGUCACGUGCGGCAAACCGCUAGCUGGCCGAAGCUGUUCAAGGAUAACUGGCAGUUGGUCGCUGCGCUAGGCUUCUACACGUUCGUGCUGGUAAUUACCGUAGUUGCAUCAUUCAACGAUUUUGGCGUUAUCAAGAUAGAACCACAUGCGAAUGACAAAGGCGGCGAAGAGAUGUCGCCCGAUACGAACCUGCUCCAUCAAAUUCUGAUGUCGUUCUCGGUGAAACGAAGUCUUCGGCAGCUUGUUGGUGGUGAAGAUGAAACCCUCGCCGGCAAACAGGUCAUUGGUUGCCUAUCCGGGCUCCGUGCCCUGGCAACGGUGGUUCUGUUCGGUGCUCUACGAUUGAUCCCGCUGGGUUUCCAACCGUUCACUAAUCGGAACGAAUUCACCGAAAGUCUCAACUCACCGUGGAGUGUAUUUCUGCGGGUGUUGAUGCUUUACGCCGACGUUUAUCUGGUGGUCAGUGGUUUCCUGGCGUCCUUUCACAUGGUAGGGGAGUUCCAGCAGAAGCAGAAGGUGGCCUGGUUUAGAAGGAUUGUUGGGCGAUAUCUAAGACUUACGCUUCCGUUGAUACCGGUACUGAUCUUCUACUCCUGGAUCUGGGAACAUCUCGGCAAUGGACCCCAGUGGGGUGACGUUGUCGUGAAGAAUGCCAAUCUGUGUAAGUUCAACUUUUGGAAUAACAUGUUUUUCAUUCAAAACUGGUACCCCGUUGAGGAAGCGUGCGCUCCUCACACCUUCCAGCUGGCAACCGAAAUGCAGCUCUCCAUUAUCGCCCCCUUCCUGCUGAUUGUCCUGAGCAAGAGUCCCUUUUACGGCGUUUCCGCUUUCGUAGUUUUGAACGGAAUUUCCACGGCUAUACGAUUCGUAGCGACGACGGAGGAUCGACUGUCGCCGUACAUCUACCAUGGAAUUCGUCUGACCCAAAUCUACCGAUCCGUCAAUCUAAGCUUUUCGGAAACUCUUCACAGAGCUACUCCUUAUCUGGCCGGGUUCGGACUUGGUUACCUGUUGCGGGAAACUGAUCUACGGAAGCAUGACCGGGGAGUUAACUGGAGUGGCUGGAUCGGUAUGGCGAUCGCAUUCGGCUGGUGCUAUGGAUUUGUUUUGGAUAUUGCGGAAAAGGACUUUCAGUAUAAUUUGGGAGAUGCCGCUCAGUACGCGGCGUUGGCACCCCUUUCCUGGGCAUUAGGCGUUUGCUGGAUCAUCUAUUUUUGCGUCACAAACGAAGAUAGCCUGUUGAAUCGGUUGCUCAGCUGCCGACUGAUGAUUUUCCUGAGCAAAAUAUCGUACUCGAUAUCGUUGAUUCAAUUUCUGGUGUUCUUCUACUUUGCCGGAACAACUCGCGGCAGCGAAGUGUUUAGUCUGUCCGGAUUGCUUAAUCGAACGGAAAUCUGUAUUUUGCUUGUGGGAGCCACCGCUCUGGCGCUGCUCUAUGACCUACCGAUACAGAACAUUAAAACUAUUCUUGAUCGUUCCGGGAUUUUCGAUCGGAUGGAAAAGAAGGAUACCUCAGGAGAGACUCUGACGACAGCGGAGAAGGAAGAAGUGGUUCAAAACGGGAGCUCGUCUACGGAGAAAGCUGUGCAGGAGAAUGGUGUCGCUGAGAAAAAGGAAACGACCAAAAUGGAGGAGACGGUGGCGGAGGAACAUCAGGAGCCGUUUGUUAGUCCCUUUGAUGACCGGGAUGAGGAUACGUUUGUACGGCCAGUUUGGAAGAAGAGAACACCAUCGCCCACGAAGUCGUUUUGGGAUGACAUUGAGGAAAGUGACGCUCCAAAACCCGCCUACAAGGCUCCCUCACCUAGACGGCAAGUCGUGGAGGAGGAAGAAAUCGAGCUUGAAGAGGAAGAAGCACAAGACGAAGAAGAAGAGGAGGAGGAAGACGAUGAAGAAAUCGACGAGGAAAAGGAAGUCAUCAGAAGACCAGCAGAAAUACAAUCAAAAUCUAAAUCACCAACGAAGACAACGUCGAGAGACCCGCCUCCGACUAGUUCGUACAGCCCACCGCCUAGACGUCGCCAGUGGCGAUCUUGGGAGGCCGACUGAUCGUUUUCUAUCGUAGCCGAAGAAAAGACAGCUAGUUCGUUUCAUUUUCUAAACAAGUGCUAAGUAAAUUGUCUUUAUUGAAUCCGAAUGAAGCACAAUAAUGAGGGAGGGAGAUAUUCAUUGAAUAAUUGCUAUUUUCGGAUCAACCCCCACUCGCAUGCAACAAACCAACAAAAAACGAACGAAUUACAGCUAGGAAUUAUAAGACUAUAA